UCACCCUCACCCUCACCCUCCCAAUCCCUCUUCUUCCCCUUCUUUCUUUCUCUUUCUUUCUUUCUUUACUGCCCUGGGAUAGGCUGAGUUCGGUGGAAACCCAGCCUUGCUAGAUCCCAUUGUUGCAAUGGCCGAGGAGGAGAUGGCGCUGCAGCAGGGAUUGGGCACAGAGUGCAGCAGCAGAAGCGUGCAGGCGCAGGGGCGCGGGGCGCGGGGCUCAGGGCAGGGGCCUAAGGCGCAGGGGCGCGUAGAGUGCAGGGCUGGCUCGGGUGUGAGGGAGGAAGAAGGGGACAACAAUGGUGCUGAAUGUGAACCUACAGUGCUCAAAAUGCUACAAGAAGGUCAAGAAACUUCUCUAAAAAAUUAUCUUGCCUUAAUUAAUUCUCUCCGUAUAGCAGCUAUCGCCGAAGAGAGCAUUGAGAUCGUAAAGCCAAAGCCGCCUGAGAAGCCUAAGCCUCCGCCGUCUCCGCGUAAACUACAUGUAGAUCUGCAACUCUGGGGGUUUUGUUGUUGUAAAUGCUACAGCGGAAGGCUUGGUGGUCCAUACGAUCCGUGUUAUGGGAGACCCAUUUACGACAGCUGGUGCGGGUAUGGAAGCGGCAGUGGAGAAACUCAACCAGGCUGCUCAAUCAUGUAAAUACUAAUAAUAAGAUUGUGUUUGGAAUCCAGCCAAGUUAAAUUCAAUGAUAAGUAACUGUUGUUUUACAAAUUAAAUUUAGAAUUUAAUU